ACAGUAACUAAGUUAACAUGUUUUCUUUGGAUUGUAAUUAAUUGUUGAUUGUUGAUUUAAUUUUGUUGAGAAUUAAAAGUGAAUUAAUUAUCCAAAGACAUGGACAAGAGUUUAGAGUUGACCCUUUGACUUUGGUUCUUUUGUUUUCUGUUUAAGUGUUUGUUUGUUUGUUUGUCUUUUUUUCUUGGUCGCCAUGUUUAACCAUCACAAUCGUUACCCUUUACUGAAUCUUUCUGAUGAACGUUUAUUUGUCUAUGGAUUUUUAUUGACACCUUUAUUUUUAACACCAUUAAUGAAUUCACCAUGGGUAUAACCAGGAGUAAAUUGUGGACUUUUAACAAGUCAACUAAUAAGAAAAAACUUAAACAAUUUGAUUCCAAUGAUGAGGUUACUUUUGAUGACUUUCAAAUUCUCAGAGCCAUUGGUAAAGGAUCUUUUGGAAAGGUUUGCAUAAUCCAGAAACGUAAUACCAAGAAAAUGUAUGCAAUGAAAUACAUGAGUAAAAACCUUUGUAUUCAAAAGGAUGCAUUUGCCAAUGUGCUUCGAGAGAUCCAAUUGUUAACUCGAUUAGAACAUCCAUUUAUCGUUAAAUUAUGGUUCACAUUUCAGGAUGAAGAAGAUAUAUUCAUGGUUGUCGAUCUACUACUUGGAGGUGACCUUAGAUACCAUUUACAACAAGAAGACUGUUUUCCAGAAGAGAGAGUUUAUUUUUAUCUAUGUGAAAUAUCAUUAGCAUUGGAUUAUCUUCACUCUAAAUUCAUUCUUCACAGGGACAUUAAACCGGACAAUAUUUUACUGGAUGAAGAGGGACAUGUUCAUCUAACGGAUUUUAAUAUUGCAAUUGAGCUUAAAGAUGGCACAGAAGCCAAUUCAAUGUCAGGAACCAAGCCUUAUAUUGCUCCAGAAGUUUUUGAAUGUGCUCUUGACCGGCGCACUGGUUACUCUUUUGAGGCUGAUUGGUGGUCACUUGGUGUUUGCGUUUAUGAGAUGAUUUCCGGUUCCCGUCCGUAUGAUAUACACUCGACAACUAACCUAGAAAAGGUACUAGACCUGCAACGUAAACCUUGGCCUAGCCUUGAGGGUACAUCGGUCAGUUCGGGGUUUUUAAGCCUUUUAGGAUCGUUGUUAACUUACGAGCCAAGUAAACGUAUCGCCUCUUUGGAUAACCUUAGGUCAGCUGAUUAUUGUGCCAAAACCAACUUCAAUGAAAUAUUUGGUAAACUGAGUUCACCUCCUUUUGUCCCUCCUAAAGAUCAGCUCAAUUGUGAUCCAACCUUUGAAUUGGAGGAGAUGAUAAUCGAGGCCAGGCCACUUCAUAAGAAAAAGAAACGAUUAUCUAAAAGACAAAGUUCCAAAAAAAAUCACUCUAAUCAUCAUGGAAAUCACCAUCUUAAUCAUCAGAAUAGUUCAUCAUUCUCUGAUUCCGGCUCUCUUCUUGACGAAAAUAGUCCAAUUAAAAAAUGUCUCCAAACGAUUGAUCAACAAUUUAUCAUUUUCAACAGAGAAAAAGAGAUUGAGAAGAAAAAAUUUCGAGAAGAGGAAAAAAUUUGGGAACAAGAAUUGGAGAAAGUAAUCAACUGAAACUGUAACAAUUAAGGAUUAAUAAUGUAUUAUAAUUAAACUGUUUGUAAAUCAAUUAAUCAACAAACAAUAUAACCUUAAAUUGUGAUAAUUGUGUGUGUUGGUCAAUUAAACACGAAUUAACUUGAAAACAAAUUAACGUCAACAACAACAACAACAUUUACCUUUGUUGAUCAAUCUUUAAGAUGUUAUAACCUAAUUUAAUUAUAUAAAACGAAAUCCAAAUUAAUUAAUCAUUGGCCUAAAUUAAUGUGGAAAAAUAGUUAAUUAAAUUAAAUCAACUUUAUUAGGGGAUAAAAGAUUAAGUUUACUUAAUCAAUCAACAGCAGUUGUAAACAAUGAGCAAAAGCAAAAUAACAAAGAUACUAAGAAAAACUAUUGAUUAAUUAGUAGAUUAAAUAAUUAAUCAAUAUUUCAAAUUGCUAAUUAAUUCAUCUAAUCAACUAAUUGUUUAAUUAAAUUUUCAGCUUUCAUGUGAAUCUGAACACACAACAUGAGGUAAAUGUAACAAUUAAACAAUUAUUUU